AUGCUCAAAUUGCAUAGCGCGGCUCUUCGGAGGAUCAGAACGCCCUACGUUUGCUCUGCCUGUCGUUUCCAUUCCCAGGAUCAGCGACUGCAAUGGCAGACGAGCGCCCAGCGACCUGGCGUCGCGCAUCGCCAGUACGGCAGCAGUAGCUCUCCGUCUGACCACGACAAGACCAGCUCGAUCCCUGUCGCGCCGAACGAUGCCCCCAGAUCCGACAGCAAACCCUCGCAGCCGAAAGGAAGAGCGGCGCGAAACAAACGAGCUUCAGGCAAGGCACAGGCCAAGGCAUCAUCAGCAAAUGCAACCAACAAAUCCAAAUCUACGAGACCCAAGUACACGCCCAAGGCCAAGAAUGCUGAAGCGGUCGCGACGGAGGGCACAAGCCCUGAGAUCAUCCAGCAGGUCUUCUCCUCUCUUCAGGGACUUGAACAGAGCUACCGCACCAUCAGCCGCCGCCUCAAGCAGUUUGAGCAGCAGCCCAACGAGGGGUCCGCCCCGGGCGCCAACCCAGCCGAUGCCUCCCAGCCAGCCACUGUUGACGGAAACAAAAGCAUGAACCAGUCGGUCCACAAGUCGGCUCAGAAGCUAGGAUCUAAGCUGCGUGUCCUCAGUGGAACACUUGAGGUCCUGCGGAACGUCCUUGGGUCCCAGCAAAUAUCCAUUGGCGAGCUGAGCAAGGAGGCGCGCAAGCAGAAUAAACCGACAAAGGACGCAAACAAAGCCAAGCCUGCAAACGCAGCGGAGACAAGAACCGAUGCCGAUGUGUCGCGUGCCUCUGACAGCUUGUCCGCCAAGAGCUUCAUCAAGAAGAUCCCGACGGGUGCCGCUGCCGUCACCGCCACCGUAGCCGCUACAGUUCCGAUCCCUACCCCGGAAGCCCCGAGCUCUCCAUCACCUCCGCUUCGAAAAGAUCUGGGCCCUUUGGACAGCCUGCCUGCGCACGAUAAAUACCUUGCCCGCGUUCCGGCGGUCGACCCAUCAACUGAUUCCCAAUCUCCUGAGGCCAAGACGGCGAGAAAGCCCAAGAAGCCGAACGUCAUCGCGAAGAAAUCUCCACCGAAUGUCAAAGUCGCCAAAGCCAGCAAGCUGGAGCUCACCCCGGUGGACCGGCCUGGUGGACCCGAAGUUCCCAAGCUUGCCUACGGCCUCGACCGCGUGUUGUUCAACCCUGGCGUAUACCACCUACAGGACCCUCGCUCGCGCGUUUACAAUUUUGACCCCUAUCUGUCUAAAAUCAUGCCCACUACCGAAUUCGACUUUGGCGCGUUGAAGAAGUAUGUCACAUCGUCAAAAGAUACCACGCUGAACGACCUGGCGGCCAAGCUUGGCAAGAAGUACAGUGGUUCGACGUCGAGCAUGACCUCCAUGCUCUCUCACUUUCACUUCCUGCUGUCCGCAUGGCGUCCCAUCAACCCCGAAAACCUAAGCCAGGGAUUUGAGCCAGACUUCAGCAGCUACACUUUGAUAUCACGCGCGCCUGCGGCCAUUUUCCUGACACUGAACAAUGGCGUCUAUUCCAUCGAUGCGGAUAAGGAGUAUGACACGGCCAACGUCCUCAGCAUGCUAGGCAAGUCCAUGGAAAAACUGUUGACGCUACCGAAGGAGGAGUUUGAGCGAUACCGCCAUAAAUAUUCGGACUCGAUCACUGAAGAGGAGAGGAACGCGGAGGAGGCAUUCCAUUUCUCAACGCUAGGGGAUUUCCUCAUGCGAUCGCAGCUUGAUGCCUACGACAAGAGACUCCCUGGUACAGGCAUGUUUGAUCUCAAGACGAGGGCUGUUGUGUCGAUUCGCAUGGAUGCUGCGCAGUUCAAAAAGGGUCAAGGCUACGAGAUUCGCCGAAGGUUCGGACAGUGGGAGUCGUUUGAGCGCGAGUAUUACGACAUGAUCAGAGCUGCUUUCUUGAAGUACUCCCUCCAGGUCCGCAUGGGCCGCAUGGACGGCAUCUUUGUUGCCUUCCACAACACGCAGCGCAUCUUUGGCUUCCAGUACAUUCCUCUGGAAGAGAUGGAUACCGCUCUUCACGGAACGGACGACAGGAGCCUGGGUGACCAGGAGUUCAAGCUCAGUCUGCACCUUCUGAAUGAGGUCCUCGACCGUGCGACCAAGAAGUUCCCUGGACGGACGCUUCGUCUGCAUGUCGAGACUCGACCGGGAGACCCACCCUUUACUUACAUCUUCGCUCGACCUGUCACCGACGAAGAGGUGGCGCAAGUGCAAAACUCUAACCAAGCAGCUGUUGCUGAGUUUGAGAGAAAGCUCAUGGGCAUCGAGCAGGAGGAGAACGAGGCCGAAGCCACCGAGCUGGACAUUGAACCGCAGCCGGCGCAAGAGGAAGAAAUGACCGACACGCCUGAGGAGACGAGGCAGCAAACCCUUGAAUUCUGGGAAGAGAUGCAGGACAAGGUCGAAGAGGCUGUGGAGAAUGAUGCUCUUGGCGUCAACCACGUUCGCGAGGCCAUCCAGUCGGCUCUUGAGCAGAGCGGUCUGCUCAAGGCUCGGUCUGCCGAGGAGGCGCAGAGCUACGUCGAGUCGCUGCUCGACGCCCUGACUGGCAGUCAGGCCUCAGACGCAUCAAAGGCGGCAGAGGACGAGUUUCCCGUUAUCUCAAGUGAGCUUACUUCUCCUGAUACCGUGAUUGAGGUCUCCGCUGGCGAAGACUCGGUCACUGAGGGCGGUCAAGCAAGGUUAGAGUUCGCCGAGGAGCCACGGCCGUCCGUAGAGGAGGCGGACUCAGCGUCUUCAGCGCUCGAAUCAUCCACUCGCUCUUCCGACCUCAGUUUGAAGGAGCUCAUUCUCCGCGUGGCGGAGCGCAUUGACAACAGGCCCGAGACGGAAGAGACCACCCUGACACCAGAACAGGCGGCCUCGGAAAUCUCCAAGCUCGGAGAGUUUGAGCGGCUACUGGUUAAGCUGGUUGAGACCAAGCACGAGAGGUCGUCCAGUGAGACGACGGAGGAUGUCGCGCCGGCUCUUUCUCCCGAAUCCAACGAGACCCCUGCCGAAGCUGCCAACGAAGGCUCCGCCGCCGACAAGACUGUGCCUGCUACGGAGGAGCAUCCGAAAGAGGAGCCUCUAGAAGACAUCGUCGGCGACGAGAUCCUCGGCAUGCACCUGACGGUUCGCAACAAGGUGGACAACAAAUACGUCACGCGUCCCGAGCGACCCAAGGACCGCAGCUCUCGCCCCCUGCGGUGGACCCUCGAGUACUCUAUCGAGGAGAUUCCCGCGCAGUCGGCCAAGCGCAUCUACCAGUCCAUACAGACGCGGCGGAAGAAGGCCCUCAAGUCGGACAGCGAUGACCGCAGCAAUCAGUGGCGGCAGAUGUGGCAGGGCAAGCUGCAGGACAUGUCGCAACGCGGUCGCCGAUUCCGACAGAAGGAGGACGCGCACGGCCGGAAGAAUCCCGUGCACCUGUUCGAGAGGGAAGAGCCCCUUACGUGGCAGGAGGCGUUUGGACACGAGGACAACUGGCUGGAAAAUCAGAAGAAGAGCGAUGGCAAGGAGGAGGACGACUGA